UGCAUUUGACUUGUGUGCGUGCUCGGCGGAAGUAAAUAAAAGCUGAUGUCCUGUCAGGCAGAGCAUCAUUCGAGUUCCUGCGUUCAACAAGUUCAAUUCCAUUCAGCAGUGAAUAGUGUAACAGCACAUCAACAGCUCAAAUAACUUGACAGUUUUUAAAAAAUAAUAACUGAAGUGUUUUCGUUCGUAACAUUCGAGUAACAAAUAAAUAUCAACAGGAUGUCUCAAAUGCUAUUCUUUGUCGUCUGCUGCUUUGCCAUAAUCCUGCUGGCUGUGUGCGUUCCUAGCACCCAGGCCUCAGCGGAGCCUAUAUGCCAGCCUGGCAUCUUGGACGAAAUGCCCCAGAAUAUUAGAAAGGUUUGCUCGGCCCUGGAGAGCAAUGAUCAAUUGUCAACGUUUCUCAAGUCCUAUAUCAAUAAUCAAGCUUCCACGCUGGUGGCGAACUCUGAGGAUUUGCUGAAAAACUAUAACAAACGCACAGACGUUGAUCACGUCUUCCUGCGAUUCGGCAAACGUCGUUAAGUUUUGAUAUAACAAUUUAAAAUCUAAACCGAAACUGGACUACGACUGGACUUUGACUAAUGAUCGGAUCGGUAAUGCGUUUCUGUUUAAAGCACAACACUUGACGUCUUCUUACUAUAAAGAAAUAUUAUGUAAUCUUGGCACAUCGGCGUUAUACAUGUAAACUUGGAAGCUCUCUAGUUCAAUAAUAAUAAAAAAAAAAAUCAAUAUGUUCAAUAAUUAAAUAUCUCUAAUAUUUCUAUAUACGAAAAUGUAUUCAAAGACCCCCGAAAAAAUGUUUUGUGUAUUUUGAUCUCUUUAUUUAUUUAAAUUACGUGUAUUAUUUUGAAGCUCUUUUUUAAUGCAAUACAAAUAAAGAGAUUGUAAACCAUAAAGUAUACCUCAUUGAUAUUCGAUAAUAAUCAAAACAAACUACAUGUUCUCCUUACACGAAGCCCUUGCAUUAUUAACUAACAUAACGAUAUUGUUCUCAACUUUAAAAAUGUAAUACACAUAUUUGAAUUUUAAAUAAAGUCUCUUUCUUCUCUAACUGAACGCAUGAUAAAAUGCAAA